UCAUCCAGGCCGCUCUUUUCCAUCCCAUCUCUCCAUCCUCCAUCCUCUCUCUAUAACGCCAUAUCUUCACCUCCUCCCUCAAAACCAAACAAGCAAGCGCAAGCAAUGUACACAGACGCCCCCACGGCACCCGACCAACCUCCCUUAUUCCGCCCCUCCAAAAAACGGAAAAUCUACCGCCAGCGCGCCACCUCCGCACCUACGACGGCGAUCCCACACUCCCCCGCCGAAGGAGCUACAUCCUCCGCACUACCGCCACAAUCACCCCCCAGCACCGCCGCCGUCGCCGUCGCCGUCGCCGAUGAUGAUGACACCGCCCCAUCCACAGCAGCGAUCCGUCGACUCCUAGCCUCCCGCAGACAGCGUGGCGGGGGCGUCGAGUUCCGCGCCUCUAACCCGCGCGGGGCCGACGACGCGGAGGAGGUCGAGGGUGAGGGCGCUGUAGUCGUAGUGCGGCGAGAAUCGCAUGAUGACGGGCACAAUGAGGAGGGCGGGUUAGCGAUGGGAGGGAAGCGAUUCGUGACGCAGACGGGGAUGAGUGCUGAGGGUGUUGAUAGGCAUAUGAUGGCAUAUAUAGAUUCUGAACUCGCGAAACGCCUUAAACCCGCUGGCAUCAGUAGCGCCGACACAUCUACACCGCCAUCCACAUCCGCCACCACCACCGGCGCUGAUGCCGCCACGGCGUCGCAAUCGCAACGACAGCACCAGCCCUCUCCACCGUACCAAACAGCUUCAAGAGGGAAGUUAAUGGAAAUUGAACUCCCCCCCCCCUCCACCACCCCCGCCCCUCCCCGAGCAGCAGUCCGCAAACCCCGCCUCGGGCGCGACGGCAAACCGCUACGAGGGAAGAAGAGGAGGACAGAAGAAGAUAUCCGGCGCGACAACCUCGUCGAAUCCAUCAUGCAAGAAAACGGUCUCGGGAUAUACGAAUCCCCCCCCCUUCCCACAACCUCCACAACUGGUGACGGAGAAGGGGAUGAAGAGAUAGAAGAGCGCUUCCGACGGGAAUUUCUCGAGGGUGUUGAGGAGCGGAGACGUGGUGGUGGUGGUGGAGCAGGAGGGGGAGGAGGGAAAGGAGGGGGGAAGGUGGUGGGGAAGGGAAGGAAGGAGGAGGAGGGGUUGAAGGGGCCGAAGUUGGGGGGGAGUAGGAGUGCGAGGGCGGGGGUGAGGGAGGCGCUUUUGAAGGCUGAGAGGGAGAAGAGGUAG